GUCUAUGAGUUUUCAUUGAGAGAUUAACAAUUUUCAAUUUAAUUUGCAACAAGAGCGAAUGGAAUCAACGCCUCCGAAACUGAAUGGAAAAUCUAUGUUAGUUCCAAGUGUUCAAGAGCUUGCCAAACAGAAGCUCACCAAUAUUCCGGACAGGUAUGUUCGUCCAGGAAAGGUAUCUCUGCCUGUAUCUGCUGGAUCCACGGUACCAGUUAUCGAUGUUCAGAAGUUGAUAUCAGGGGAUUCCAUGGAUUCUGAGCUGCAAAAACUUCACUCUGCUUGCCAACAAUGGGGUUUCCUCCAGGUUAUAAAUCAUGGAGUGACACCUUUGUUAUUGGAGGAUUUCAAGAGAGAAGUUAUAGAAUUGUUCAAACUUCCAAUGGAAGAAAAGAAGAAACUAUGGCAACAGGAAGACAGCUUUGAAGGUUUCGGACACUUAAAUGUUGUAUCGGAGGAGCAGAAGCUUGAUUGGAGUGACAUGUUUGGCAUAAUGACUCUUCCUCCUCAUAUACGUAAAGUGGACUUGUUUCAAAAGUUGCCUUCAAAGCUCAGGUGUAUCUCUCGGAACUUGGUUACAACACCCCCACCCCCUAACACACACGCAAAAAAGAAAAAAAAUCACAUUGUUAUUUUCAAGACUUCAUUGCUUAAACGAUCACUGAACUUGUGGCUUGGUCUUCUCUCUCCCUCAUCUCUUAAUACAAUAUAUGUUUGUGUGAUAUGAUUGGAUAAUUUCGAAAUACA